UUUUCGUAAACCGAACAGCUCGUAUUAACUCUCCGAACUUCGAGCUAACUUGACGCGAAACACAAAGCGAUAUAGUUAGGCCGCAGUAUACUUACUUAGCAGUAGUGCUAAACCCGGUAGAAGCUUCACUCGGUACCUGUCAACCAUGCGGGCCGCUCUAGCCGUAGCCGUGUUAUCGGUGGUGGUGGCGUGUGGGAGCGGCGACCACCUGGUGGUGGGUAACGUGGCGAACCGCGUGGUGGAGGUGCACCACGAGCGGGUGGAGUACAACGCCAUACCCUUCAUGAAGAGAGUCAAGCAGUACUUCUAUACGUCACCGAAUAAUCGCCCUAUCGCGGGUAUCCAGGCGCUGGACAACUGGCACAGCAAGUCGUCGAUCAACAUAACGGCGGGCGGCGUGGGCUACCCCUUCGCCAACCUGCGCCUCAAGAGCGAGCGCGGCCGCGGCAUGAGCUACGACAUCGGCAUAUACGCCAGCCCCGACUACAUAUAGACUAUAAACAGUACACUUAAUAUAAGAGCUCCCUUGAAACACGACAGACUUAAGACAGACUGUUAUUUCAAAUACAAAAUAUAGAAGGACCGCAAGUGCAGUCGGGACCGACUGCUCUAGAGUCGAGCGGUCGCGUUGGCAGUUGGCACCGAUCGCUCACGAACUGCUCGAGCGGUCCGUGUAUUGCGGAUAAGAAAUUUAGUAUGAAAACUGCAGAUCACCGUGCGGCGACCGCAUUUUGCAGUCGGUUGUGACUGCAAGAUGCGAUCCGUCUAUGGCCGGUCUUAUAGUCUUAGUUUUAAGAAUGUCGUGGCUCAAAUGAGCUAGCAUCAAAAUGAUUUACAGCAAGCUGAUUGUGCUAGUUAACUUUGUACUUACAUAUUGUCUGUCCAACACUUCAUACUCUCUAUUUCAAUCAAAUUUUAUCUAAAUGUAAACAAAUUCCAGAAUAAGCGUUAUAAUGCUACUGAUUGAAAAUCGACGCCACAUUAACUUAGAACGAGUUUCAAUUUUUGGCUACAUUUAGGUUAAAACUACAUCUAUUUUUGUGCUUAAAACUAAUUGAAGAGUAUAGCAAUAACUGUACUACAUAUUUUGUAAGGAGAUUCCUAAUUCUGCAUUGUUACA